AUGUCUCGCCUCAAUGCUAAAAAGCCCUCAUUGUGUACCAGCGAACCUUUGACUAAGGAAGCCAUUAGCUGUGUUCUGUCUGUGUUCAGUGAAAUAGUCAAGUCUUGCUAUGGCCCCACAGGUAGGUUUAAACAGCUCCACAAUGGUAUGGGAGGAUAUGUCCGCACCACAUCGCAGUCAUCCGCUUUGCUUGCUGGCCUCUGCGUCACCCACCCGGUGCUAAAACUUCUGACAGCCUCCGUGCAGAGUCACCUCUCGCUUUUCGGCGACUGCGGCUUAUUCACGGCCAUUCUCUGCUGCAGCCUGCUUGAAAAAAUCCGAGCCUUGAACGUUGCUCCAUGCACUUCCAUUAAAAUCUGCCAGCACCUUUUGAGCCUAUGCACUGACUAUCUCUCAUCCGAAGCAUGCGGCUGUAGAGUGCCGGUGGAUUUCGGCAGCUCCAAGAUCCCUCUCAGGUUGGUGCGCAGUGUGCUGACCAGCAAACGGGCCUGCAUGCUUAGCAGGAACGAGGUAGAUCAUAUCAGCACUCUGGUGCUGAAGGCCUUUGUGUUGACCAUCAGCCCACAAAACACGGAGACCAGCAUUGCCUUCGGGAAAUGUCUUUAUAUACCUGUGAAAGAUAGGAGAGCUAUGGAUUCUGCGGUCUACCCUGGACUUCUGAUUGAAACACCCGACUUGGAUCUGACCACAGAGCUUCCCGUCAGAACGGCUCCUUCGUGCGCAAUCAAGAUGGCGCUUUUCCCUCUGUCCCUAUCAGGAGACUUGUCCGACACGGGAGAAGGAACCAUCUUCGUCCAUCGAAGAGUGUUUCUGCAAGCGGAGGUCUUAGGCCAGAUGCUUAAUUUAGGCAGGCAAAUGGUAGACGAUGGUGUGAGCCUUGUGGUGUGCCAAAAAGUUAUCCACCCAGCCUUGAAGCAGUACUUGAAGGAGAAAAAUGUUGUGGCUGUAGAAAGAGUUGGGGCGGCAAUGAUGGAGCCGCUGAAGCAAAUAACAGGUAACAAGCAGAUUUUUGUUCUUAUCAUGUGAAAGGGGACGCGGGUGGUGCUGUGGUUUAAACCCCUGAGCCUGGGGCUUGUCAAUCAGAAGGUCAGCGGUUCGAAUCCCCGUGACGGGGUGAGCUCCCGUUGCUCAGUCCCUGCUCCUGCCAACCUAGCAGUUCGAAAGCACAUCAAAGUGCAAGUAGAUAAAUAGGUACCGCUCCGGCGGGAAGGUAAACGGCGUUUCCAUGCACUGCUCUGGUUCGCCAGAAGUGGCUUAGUCAUGCUGGCCACAUGACCCGGAAGCUGUACGCCAGCUCCCUCGGCUAGUAAAGCGAGAUGAGCGCCGCAACCCCAGAGUCGGUCACGACUGGACCUAAUGGUCAGGGGUCCCUUUACCUUUACCUUUAAUCAUGUGAAAAUGCCAAAAUGAAGGCUUUAAAAAGAGUUUUCGAUCUUGAAAGGUUCAUGGUGUGCUUCUCGGGGAAGAGUGAUGCUAUAAGCAGUAUUCUCACUCGUGACAAUUCUUCGAUUCACUACUUUCCAUCCCCAUGGGUUGGUUCGUUAAUGAGGGUGCGCCGUUCAGAUAUAUGGCAUGUAGCUAAUGGUGCACGUGGCUCUUCAUUGGCUCUGCUGAUGCAGCCCAACUACGACGAUGUAUAUAAAUUUAAUAGACAGCGAUAAGAAUAAAUAGUGAUGAUGCAACCCAGUUUUUGUAGAAUUUGGCUAGGCUAUCAAAGGUGAGCAGGCGUUCAGCCUCCGAGAGAACUUGCUUGCAUUACCCAUUUCCCUUUUGUACCUGAACUCGCCAGCGGGGUAGUUUUCACGUAGCAAACCUACGUCUAGCCCCGUGGUUCCCAACGUGGGGCACACGCCCCACAGAGGGGCAAUUUGAUUUUUAAGCGUGGCAAUUUGGAAGCUUGUUUAGACCAAGUUAAUGGACAUUUAGGCUUCCUCCACGUGAAUAGGAGUUCACUUUUUGAAUAAUGAGAAUUAUGUCAUGGGGAGAGCGGAGCAUCAGGAUUUUAGAGAUGCUUAGCUGGAGCAUGGCCAAAAAAAGGUUGGGAACCACUGGUCUAGACUUAAGAGGGCACAUGGUGGCGCAUAUAACUGAUGGCAACAUUUUUCAGCCCAGCCCUCUCUGGGCAACCUUGUGGGCAGAGGAACAAAUGUGAAUGUUACCUUUUGUACAGCAGGCUAGUUUCUAAAAACUCCUCUCCUCUACGCAGGCGAGCAGGAGCCCUCGCUAACUCGAAGCAACAUACAACCAGACCAAAAAAAUCCAGGCAAUAAACCCCACUUAGAUGCAUUAAAACCAAGAGGGAAGAGAAAUGCAUCCCAGCUAGAGGCAAAAACACUGAGGGUUCCAUGCAGGACAAAUGAGGUGGGUGGCCUGGGGAGAGGUUGGCAGAAGGGGGCAUGACCUCUGGGAAGGUCCUGAGGGUCAGAUAAUAGAGGUGGGGGCCUGCAUGCACCCGGCCAGAAGUUCCUCAUCCCUGGGCUAGAACCCAGGGGAAGAAGAAUAAGAAUUAGAGAACCAUAUAGAAAAUGAUAGGGACACAGGUGGCGCUGUGGGUUAAACCACAGAGCCUAGGACUUGCCGAUCAGAAGGUCGGCGGUUCGAAUCCCUGCAAUGGGGUGAGCGCCCGUUGCUCGGUCCCUGCUCCUGCCAACCUAGCAGUUCGAAAGCACGUCAAAGUGCAAGUAGAUAAAUAGGUACCGCUCCGGCGGGAAGGUAAACAGCGUUUCCGUGCGCUGCUCUGGUUCGCCACAAGCGGCCACAUGACUCGGAAGCUGUACGCCGGCUCCCUCGGCCAAUAAAGCGAGGUGAGCACCGCAACCCCAGAGUCAGUCACGACUGGACCUAAUAGUCAGGGGUCCCUUUACCUUUACCUUUACCUUUUAUAGAAAAAGAUAUGAGCCCGCCCCUACAUUUUGAAAUAAGUUUUUGCCUGGCACCUCAAGGUGUCUCAUGAAGGCACCAGCCAAACCUACCUGGGGAGAACAUUCUGCAAAUCGGGAGCCACUGCAGAAAAGGCACGUUCAUACUUUUGCCUUUGAAACAUGCUGAGUUCACUUCGGUUUCAUUCAAUGCUACGCGCAAUGUUUGUGAGAUAAUGCCAUGCCGUGACUUCCCCUCGUUUGAACAGGUUCUCAGCCGAUGCCUUCUUUGCAAUUUCUGUCCCCUGCUUGCUAUGGCCGCCUGAAGGACUUGCGGGCCGAGUCGUUUGCUUCAAAACGGUUCUUGCAUCUAAUCCCUGACGACCCGGUUGUCUGCAGCUUGGUGCUCUGUAGCAGGAACGAAACUGCAUGGGAGGAGCUGAGGGUAGGUGUAAUCUCUUUAAAUAUCGGCUGUGAUGCCUAUUCUUGGAGAAGCAUUGAGGGGACGAAUCAUUAAUAGUUUGUGGAAAUCUGCCAGUCCACCACUGCUUACGCUAACUAAGGAGGCAGUUUGCAAGCAGUAGUGACCUUAUGCCAGGCUUCCUCAACCUCUGCCCGCCAAAUGUUUUGAGACUACAGUUCCCAUCAUCCCUGACCACUGGUCCUGCUAGCUAAGGAUCAUGGGAGUUGUAGGCCAAAAACAUCUGGAGGGCUGAGGUUGAGGGGCUUCCUUAUGCUAUCGGGAUUGCGUUUACGAGUGAGGUCUCUUGAGCUAAUUCGCAUAGGUAGCAAAAUCAGCUGCAGCUGAGCGAGACUUUUCGCCUAAAUCGGCCUUCCCCAAUGUGUUGCCUCCCGGUUGUGGUUGGUCUUGGGUUCAAGUCUCCGCUCAGCUAUGAAAGUAUCCUGGUGACGUGAGCGAGUCAGGACUUUGCAGCCUCGAUCAGCUCACAAGGUUGCUGUGGACAGAAUGGGAUAAGCCUUAUGUCCGCUACACAGAGCUCCUUGAGGGAAUGUGGCAGAUGCAGAUACAAUGAGCGAAUGGCUUUUUGUUUUAGAUGGGUUGCAUAAGGAGAUCUCCACUUUAAAACCAUUUCUUUAGUUCACCUGGAUUUUUCUUCCUCGGCUUAAAGAACAAUAACAACAGGAAGUCCUUUGCUUCUUUCCUAGCUGGCUUGUCAAACGGCGGAGCAUGUUUUGCAAUUAACUGUCUCCGACCCCUGGGUACUGUUAGGUGGCGGCUGUACAGAAACUCAUUUGUCGUCCUACGUAAGGCACAAGGUAUGCUGAGAUCCGCGUGGCUUUUUAAAGCUGUUUAAUGCACUUAAAUCCGCUCAGAGCAUUGAGGGUUAUUGGUUUAUUGGCGGAGGUGAAACACCUUUCCGAGGCUCUAAAUGCCUGCAAUUCUUAAAACCCUGUAUGGUUUGGGGAUUUUGUUGCUGCCGCUGCUGAUGUUGUUUAAAUCCAAAACAGCAUGGGCGGGUUCCCAGGAAGGGUGAAGCGAAGGAAGAUGCUCUCUCCUUCCUUCUUUAUUCUCUUGUCAGCUCAAAAUUGCCUCCCACACGGAGAAAACUCCAGCACAAAAACCUUCCCAAGUUGUUUUUAUCCCCUGUUGAGAGGCAGGGGGAGAGGAAGGCAUACAACCUCCCCCACCUCUGCCCUGCUUGGGAAGGGUAAUUUUGGUCUGGAAAAUGACGAGAGAGAAAAGCAGGGUCUCCCCCGCCUUGCAGAUAUCUUCUCCGAUGAGCAUGACUGGACUACAAAGCAUCACAGAUACCCUUGUGUUACUGAGCAGUCUGAGCCAUAGCAUCCUCAAGCCUGUAUUGCUCUUUUUUAAAAAAAGUAAAUGCACAAGCACUUCUUAAAAUCUUAUCCGAUCAGCGCAUUCUAGUGAAAGGCCUCAGCCUCAUUUACUCUCCUAUCUAUUUCGUUCAUUCUUCAGUAUUGCGUAAAUGGCUAUUUGAAAAAUUCUUUUCCUGCUAUAAAUUGAAACUGUGGAAUGAGAUAUUUGUUCAUCACUUAUCUGAUGUUUAGUGUAUGAAAGCAGUCUGAGUAAUAAAAUUAAUCCAUUAGUUGUAUUAUUACGAUGAUCAUUAAUAAUAAUAAUGCAGAAUGAACCCUGAGUAGUAGCUAUUAUUAUUAUUAUUAUUAUACCCUGCCCUGGGUUUCCCCAGCCACUCUGGGCAGCUCUCAACAGAAUAUUAAAACAUGAUAAAAAUCAAACAUUACAAACUUCUCUAAACAGGCCUGCCUUCAGAUGUCUUUUAAAAGUCAGAUGGUUGUUUAUUUCCUUGACAUCUGAUGGGAGGUUGUUCCACAGGGCGGGUGCCACCACCAAGAAGGCCCUCUGCCUAGUUCCCUGUAACCUCACUUCUUGCAGUGAGGGAACUGCCAGAAGGCCCUCGGAGCUGGACCUCAGUGUCCAGGCUGAAUGAUGGGGGUAGAGACCCUCCUUCGGGUAUACUGGGCCGAGGCCGCUUAGGGCUUUAAAGGUCAAUGCUAACACUUUGAAUUGUGCUCGGAAACGCACUGGGAGCCAAUGAAGAACCUUUAGGACUGGUGUUAUAUGGUCCCGGUGGCCACUCCCAAUGGCGAAGGUGGUUUUGUUAGAUUGCAAACCACCUAAGUCUCCUGCUGCUGAGUACACGAUCUUUAAUAGUUUGGAUCCAGACUUAAUCAUACGCAGAGUAAAUUGUAAAUUUAAAAUAAUACAGAAAGAGGAAGAAUAAAUAAUCAUUAAACUGUCAUGACAGACUUAGUUCCCAUUGAUUUCAUUAGGUUUACUUUGAGUAUGACUAAGUCUGGAACCACCCCAGUGACAUUUACUAAUAAAUAAAAGGAGUGGAAUUGUAAUUAACAUUGUUUUCCAGGCAAAAUAUUAAUUUAAGACACUUGCUUUCUAAAAAUAAUGCUAUCGUUGCUUUGCUUUCUCUGGCUCUAACCCUAUAUGGAGGCUGUAAGCCUAUGCUCAGUUUCCUGAGAGUAAUACAGCGAGACUUACCUCUAAGUAAACAACGCAUAGGAUUGCUCUGCAAGUUGAAUAUCUUUAUUUUGUAUCUUAAUCAUAACAUACUAGAAAAUAGUUUUCUCAACCCCAUCCCCUUCCUAUUUUAGAGUUGCGCCGUGACAUGCAGCACCUUGGAAAAUUUGUCCUGCUCUCGGGCAGAGUUCCAGUUGGUGGCCGAUUCCUUUUGUGGCUCGCUAGAAUCUGUGUCUUGCUGCCUAGAGCAUGACGGCGGCGACGUUCUCACCGAUACGAAAUGGGGACAUUUUUGGAGCGUUCCACCUGAUCUUCCUAGCAGGUCUGAUUGGUCUGACGUAGUUCAGAGGUGCGGCUGCGGCCUUUGUGGCCCUCAGCAAGGUCUCUAUUGGAAGAUUCUGCAGUGCCGUUCUGGUCCUUUCCCCCCGCAAAGUUGCAUUGGCGAGUCUUCCGUAACCUCCGCCGACAAUCCCGUUCUGGACUGCUUUGCGGCGAAAAGGAAUGGCCUACAAGUCGCCAUCGAGACGGCCAGUCUGCUUUUAGAUCUGUCCUAUAUCGUGGAAGAUCGUAAUUAG